CGCCCGCGCCUUCCCUCCGCCCCUCGGUUCUUCCGCCACACGCCGCGGGAGCUCGGACCGGGCGCCCGUCCCACCUUCUCGUUCCUAGCCGCGUCCGCGCAGCCCGGAGCCGGCGGGAGCCCCGUGCUCACAAUGUCGGUCGCGCUCAGCAACAGGUUUCAAGGAGGGAAGGCAUUCGGCUUGCUCAAAGCCCGGCAGGAGAGGAGGCUGGCCGAGAUCAACCGGGAGUUUCUUUGUGACCAGAAGUACAGCGAUGAAGAGGACCUGCCGGAAAAGCUCUCGGCCUUCAAAGAGAAGUACAUGGAGUUUGACCUGAACAAUGAGGGCGAGAUUGACCUGAUGUCUUUAAAGAGGAUGAUGGAGAAGCUCGGGGUCCCCAAGACCCACCUGGAGAUGAAGAAGAUGAUCCUGGAGGUGACAGGCGGGGUCAGCGACACCAUCUCCUACCGAGACUUUGUGAACAUGAUGCUGGGGAAACGGUCUGCCGUCCUCAAGCUAGUCAUGAUGUUUGAAGGCAAAGCCCAGGAGAGCAGCCCCAAGCCGGUUGGCCCCCCUCCAGAGAGAGACAUUGCCAGCCUGCCCUGAGGACCCCGCCCGGACCUGCCCCCGCCCUCCCUGCCCCGUUCCUCCCUCCUGAUCUCGCUGCCCUCUGGACUCAUCGUGUUUCAUCUUAUUUGGUUUUUUUUGGUCAUUGGGCAUGUUUAUUUCUUCUUUUCAUCUGCAGAAUCAGUGACCUCUUUGUGAAGCACCAAUUAUCUGCCUUAAAGAGACUCUGGGACCCCUCCCUCUCUCCUUCCCUCCUCCCUCCACCCCCACCCAUGCGGAAGGGCUGACGCCAACCCAAAAACCAGAGGAGGCAGGGCCAGGCAGCUCCCUGCCUCCUCUGGAAGCCUGUGACCCCCACGCUUAGAGCUGGUAUUGUCUGUUCUUCCCGGAGGCCUCUGAGCUUAGCCCAGGCUCGCUGGCCUGGCCCUGCUGAGGACCUCAGCCCCUUUCAGAAGACACUGGAGUAGGGACAAGCCUGCAGGUCUUGCUAGGUUUUCCCCAGAGCUGUCCAGGAGGUUGCCACUCCCUGCCCCACCGCCCCCAGGUGAUGCCCCCCCUCAGGCCUUGCUUCUCGUCCACACUCAGGUGGUGGAAGGAUUGAGCCCUUCCAGAAAUUCCAGAAGGGAAUUCCAGAGGAAUUCCAGAAGAAACCUUCUGGCCUCGCCAUCCCCACCCUCCCUGCCAGCCACACCUUUACAGGCAGCUUGGGGGGAGCCCUGUCCCUUGCUGGGGAAGCAAGGGCUUUGGAGGUGGAAGGGAGGCCCGGGGCCUUGUGGGAGGAGGCUCAUCUCAGUCUGGUCCUACCUUUCAGGGAGGAUGCUGAGGGCGACCGGUGAGGAGGGUGAAGGAUAAAAUGCUUGUGGCAAAAAGAGUCAGCACAGCUGUGAAGCCAAGAUGAGAGAAACAGGAUACUGCCUUUCUGAUCCCAGUCUCCUUGAACACUGUGCUUCCCCCACUCGCCUCCCCUGCUCACAUCACUCACUCGUUCGUUCAUUCAUUCAUUCACUCAGUCCCUCCUACAACAGAUAUUUAUUGACCACUUAUUAUAAGCUUUAAGGCCCCCCAACUUUGUCUUGACCUGUGCGUGUCCACUGUCUCUCUCACUCAUCUCCCCCUUUCCAAAUUGCCCUGAACCUUGAGCUUGGGGAUUGGAUGGAGGGUCCCCCGUGUCCUCCAUGCUGGACUCGGGGUUUUACAGCCCCAAUUUACCCUGUAGGUUAGCUGAGCCAGUCCUCUCGUUUCACUGGUGAGAAAACUGGGGUGGCCCGCAGGAUCAAGUGCCUUGCUGAAGGUCAGGGGUUACUGUGGAGACAGAAGGGUCUGGACGGAAGCCCCGGUGUUCAGAUGCCCUGCCCCUGCCCCGUCUCUGCUCUGGGUUGCCCCAGGCAGCGAUGACAACGCAGGGAGGGGCAGUCUCCCAGGUCAAGGCUACGGGGAGACCCUGAGCUGGGACGCACCUUCCCAGAGCCUCCGAGGCUGUGUUAGGGUCUGGGUCCGGGCCAGGCUGGCUUUGCAGUUCUGCCUUCCCUAGAGCUUCUCAGCCAAGCAUGUCUCGGGGCUCAGGACUCACGCAGGUGCCACAAUCAGCCCCACGCUGGCUGAGCAGGAACCUUAGCCUGGACCCCACCUGUGCUCUGGGUCCCUUACCCCUCGACGCACUCAUCUGUGGAACAUAUUUAUUAAGCGCCUGCUGUGGGCCGAGCACUGAGAACCCGGUAGUGAAAUAGACAGGAACGUCGAGUCCCAUGAGGACAUCAGACCCAGGCAAGGACGAAGGAGAUGGAUGCUAGGAAAGAGGGGGCUCGUGGGUGACCUCAUGGAAAUUCCAGGGGCCUAGCCGGGCCCUCGAUGAGGCGAGAGUCUUGGAGAAGCCCUCACCAAACCUGAAGCGGAAAGGUCUGGGUGCUGUUGGAGGCUGGAGCCAGUGUGGGCUCCCCGCGGCUCCUCGGUGCCCCCAUACUCAGGGCCCAGGGAGCUGCCCUGACAGCAGCCUGAGGGACUGCAGCAGGCAGGGGGUGGGAAACCACCCCGCUCUGGUUAAUCAGCUGGUCCUAACCAGUGCAAGAGCAAGAUUACUUUGGCCAGGACUGUCUGAUCUUCAGGCUAAGGAGCUGCUCAAGUGCACAGGCCUAGUUGAAGUUUAAACCCGCAGCAAAACAGUUCUCCCUGUAAAUGUAAAAUCUCACCCCACCUCCUUCCCUGCCUUGUUUUCUUCCCCCGCUGAGAUCGUUAGAUAAGCAACUGCCCGUCCCCACCCCUCCCUCCACUUCUCCUCUCUGGGACACGAUGAGACCUUUGUCAAGGGGAGGCUUUCUCUGACUGCCCCUCAGUGUACCCGAGUCUCACUCAGAGGAGGUGGAGCCAGCUGGGUUUAUUUCAGUAGGCUCAGUGGUCUGCAAGACCACGGGAAAGCCUCCCUGGGGAGGAGAGCGAGUGGGUGUGUCCCCGGCUCUGGAAUGGGCAGGAAUGGGAGCUCUCUCACUGCAAGGGGCGUGUCCUGGGAAAGCCCACCUGACCCUUCGCCAUGUUUGGAACUCAGCUCCUGGAGGGAGAGGGGCUCAAGAGUGGUCUCUGGAAAGGGGGUUCCGUGUGUAUUCCAGGUCGUGUCUACUGUGUCUAGAACUCUGCUUCUCUGGCUAAGGGCUCAGCUUCUUAGAACUUCAGCUGUCUUCUUUCCGAAAGACCAAAUCUUACUCAUGUAACCAGAAACUUGGGGACUGCCAAGUCUGGCUUCGUCCCCGCGACUCAACAUGAAGAAGUGUGUCGCGCAAGUUCAGGUGGAUGCAAUGUGUGUGCUCAUGCCUGUGAGCGUGUGUGAUGCCGGUUAUCCUCUGCACAUACUGGAAAUAAAACAGACAAACUGA